AAUACGGUAAGAGGAAAAACCGGGAGGAAGCCAGCUGGUUCCUGAAGGGGAUCCGCCGCCAUCUCAGGUCUCUCAGCUUUGCCUGGGCCCAUCAGAGAAAACUGUCGCUCGGGUCCUAUAACACUUAUGGGGGACCAACCUUGUGCCUCCGGGAGAUCCACACUCCCACCCGGGAACACGCGGGAAGCCAAGCCUCCCAAAAAGCGCUGCCUUCUUGCUCCGCGGUGGAAUUAUCCGGAAGGAACUCCCAACGGCGGUAGUACCGAUCUUCCCUCCGCACCUCCUCCCGCAUCUGCCGGCCUGAAGUCGCACCCUCUUCCUCCGGAGAAGUAGUGAGAUAUACAUUUCCCACCCGAAACCAGUCUUUGAAGGAUUGCAGUAUGACUCCAUUUCCUUGGUGCAUUCGUAAAAUAGUUCACCCAAUGAAGACAAUGAAGAUUAUUUACACUGCUACCCUGCUUUUUCUGAUGUUCUGCACCUGGCAGUUGUGAUUUUUAAGAUAUACAUGACUGUAGAGUGUAUUUUGACAUAUCAUACAUAUAUGGAGUUGACAACUUGAUUUUAAUCAAGACCUGGAGAAGAGAUAGUCUGCAAUCAAGCUGGAAAGGACCUUACCAAGUGCUCCUGAUCACUGGGAUGGCUAUCUGAACUGCUAAAAAGGGGAAAACUUAUUACCAGCCAGGGGGACUGUGUGGAGGAAGCAGCAGCAUCAGUGGCGCAACAGGUCUCUAUCUGCACAAGGUUCACACCCUGGUCCUGUUUUGCUGAGAAGACAGCCUUGGCUGGUGGCUCUCUUCCCUGGGAGGACAGGGGAUACCACUCAGUGGGACACCUAUGCAUUGGAGAUUCAAGCCAGGGGGACUGUGUGGAGGAAGCAGCAGCAUCAGUGGCGCAACAGGUCUCUAUCUGCACAAGGUUCACACCCUGGUCCUGUUUUGCUGAGAAGACAGCCUUGGCUGGUGGCUCUCUUCCCUGGGAGGACAGGGGAUACCACUCAGUGGGACACCUGUGCAUUUGUUACUUAAGGAAGGGGACCUUGAAAGGAAGCAGGAGGAUCAGACAGAGAAUGAAAUGACUUCAUUGGAAAUCAUAAUGACCUUUGUGGACUGGGGGAGUGAAGAGCUAUCCCCUCUUCUUUCUUGCCUUGAGUACCAUGCACACAGAUCAAGUUGCCCUAGCCUCAUCUGAUUUUAUCCAUUUUGUGUCCACUGUGUUCCUGGUUUCUGCACCUAUCUUGGUCCUUGGGAAGAUGUGUGUGUGUGUGUGUGUGUGUGUGUGUGUGUGUGUGGUGUGGGGGGGAUGCAGAUGGGGGUUGGGGAGGGUCACUCUCUCCUUGCCCCAGAAAAGUUCUACAGGUACACUCACUGGACAUCCAUCAACAAAAGCAUUUCCAGUGGUAUUUUCUUUCCCUGGGAAGGAGGCUGCUUGUGUCGCCUUGCCUCCAUGUAUUGGUUACCACCUUCUGUAGAGUUCCUGACCUAGAUCCUUGAAAACACCCCAGAUGGACUGAGGGUUCUCAUUCUCCUCCUAGUCCUCCUCCUCUCAUGUCACUGCUUCUGCUUUGUGUUGCCUUUCACUUCCUCCUGCUAGGCAGUCCAGGGCCAGUGUUUUGUGGAAGAAGGAAAGUGUCCUUCCUCUCCUUGUUAGUUAUAGAGUAAUGUACCUCCCCAGGUGUAGACAAUGUGGGAUACUCCCUGUCUUGAAAUUCAGCAGGGUUGAGGGUCACCAGAAGCAUCCCUCUAGUCUUGAAAAUUCAUGCACAUGUUACUUGUGAAUGAGAUAGGAUCUGGAUGCACAGCCAGGAAAUAGACAUCAAGGAUUUUCUUUCUUUGUGAGUCUUCUCCCAAUGGAAACUUGAAAGUUUCAGUCAGUCCAGAAGGUACCACUUCAAAGUAUGCUCCUUGGCUUUUUCCUCCCCUCCAAUCUUGUGUACACAUCAGUAUGGAAGUCAGUGAGUACUUAUACACAGAUUCUGCAAUUUCCACAUCCAUGCUCCCAUUCAGACUAGCAGGCACACACACAUACACAGAUACAUCUACAAUACAUGGGAUGCCCCUUCCACAGACUGGCCCACACAUCUAAGGAACAUUGGAGCACAGAAGCCCAGGUACGGUGUGAUCCCCUUCUGGUACACACACAUCUCUCUCUCUCACACACAACAGGGUAGAAACACACUCCCAACUCCUAUAUGGUGUCUAGAAAAGGUCAGUCAAGGGCUAGGGUUGUGGUUCGGUGGUAGAGUACUUACCUAGCACGUGUGAGGCACUGGGUUCAAUCCUCAACACCAUAUAAAAAUAAAUAAAAUUAAGGUAUUUUGUCCAUCUACAACUAAACAACAAAAAAAGUCAACCAUUCUCUGCUCCAAGACUUAACAACUGUGGGGCAAUUCUGGCCUCUUCUGACAAAUGGAAGAAAGAAGUUAUCACCCAGGUCCAAGGAGCAGGUGUUAAAAUAAAGUAUAGUCUGUAGUCCUGCUUAAACAGCAACCCUCCAAGCUCUCCUGUUGUUGGUAAGGACAAACUGAGUCCUCUGCUGAGAGGUGAGCCUCUGAUGUGUUUUGUAGCCUUCUGCAUGUCCCCUGUUAAAAAGCCAGGCUAGCUUCCCCAGAGUCAGAUUGGAGUGAGUUGCUAGGUACCUCCUGCCAGGGAAUUCCUGCUUCUCAUUCUGUGACUGCAGGCUGCCCUGGCCUUUCCUGGCUGCGUUGUUUGAGCCAUCUGAAGGUGGUAUGGCCUCUCCUUAGACCUUGGUCAAGAAACCCAGGGCUUCAGAAAAAAUGAUGAGUCUGGCAGCUCUGUGACAAGGACUUGGUAUGUGGAGCCAGCUUACCAUUUGAAUUCUGGAGUAGAGUAACAGUGAUCCUCAGGACAAGUCCUUUUUCUUCUCCUUCUUAAUUUUUUGGUACCAGGGAUUGAACCCAAAGGUGCUUAAUCACUGAGACACAUCCCCAGCCCUUUUUAAUAUUUUAUUUAGACACAGGGUCUCACUGAAUUUUUUAGGGCCUUGCUAAAAUUUUUUAGGGCCUUGCUGAGGCUGGCUUUGAUCCUGCCUCAGCCUUUAGGUUUUGCUGGGAUUACAGGCAUGUACCACUUUGCCCAGCUCCCUUUUCCUUCUUCGAAGAACUAAUCAAUUCACAUUAGACCAAAGACCUAGGAAUUAGACCAGGAAACUUGUAUAUGCUAGAAGAAAAUGUAGGCCCAACACUCCAAUAUCAGCUCAGAAGCUGACUUCCUUAACAAGACCCCAAAAUGUAAGAAGUAAAAUAAAAAUCUUGCCACCCGUACAUCAGAUAGGGUGGUUAAUAUCCAAGAUAUAAAAAAACCCCUCAAAAACCUAAGACCAAAAAAAAAAAAAAAAAAAAAA